AUGGAUACCAAAAUGGACAAUUCUGGUGACUUUCUCCUUCAGGUGCCUGGGUUCAACGCCAUACCUGUGGAUUAUGAGCUAGACGUCAAUGAGUGCUUUGCCCAUGGGGCAACCGAUCAUCGCGCUCUGCGUCUCACGAAGACUGAAAUCUUGAUGUUGCGUCUGAUGGAACAUGUCACCGAUAAGAAAAACUGGGAACACGACAUUUUCGAUCAAAAAGUUGUCGCUCAAUGGUACACGGACGCCGCAUUAGACUCGAAUAUUGGAAGCGACUUGAAUUACGAAUGGGACAUCAAUUUCGACAUAGACCUGAUCUCGAAUAUGACAUGGAACUGGUGCAUUCAGGAGCUACGUGAUAAAGCCCUCAUGUUCACACAGAAGGGUUAUAUUCUCACCUUCAAUGCCGAUUCUGGCGUCUGCAAAUCCGACCUGAUGGUUACAAGCGACUUACAAAAAAUGUUCCAAGACUCGUUUGAUCAAUUGUUUAAUCAAGAUUUGAGACAUUCCGACGAAUCAACGAUAGACCUGGUCGACCCGUCGCUUUUCAUGUUGGCCUAUGGUCAGACAGCUGUUCUCAGUCAAGGUGGCCGUGUCGAUAUAACCAAAGAAAGUAUCUCAGUCCCAACAACGGGCCUCAAUGUCCAUGUCCCGCCAAAUCCAGAGACCUUCCAAGAGAUUGACGACCCAUCGCCUUGGUCAGAAAAGUAUCAGUGGCUGCCUUGUGAAGUCAAGUUUCUAAGUCACGAGGGCACAGACGUACGAAUCACCUCCUACAUCAACAAUUUGGACCCUCAACAUAGUCAAGCCUAUGCUGCAAUUGAAAAGCUCAUUGGUUUGAGCUUAAAGCCAUGGAAUGAUGUUCUUAAGAAGGGGACGUUGAGCAGAUACCCGCUACGUAUCAAAACAUUCGGAUUUGAAGCUAUCGAUCCCGACAAGAUAUGGGGUACAUUUCAACCUAGAAACUGGAAAAAGAAGUCGCUAAGUCAAACUUGGACACAAGAUACGUGGGCAGAUUAUUGCAUGAAGGCAAAGGAGUACCUGGCCUUGCCGGAGCUUGACCAGAAAUACCGUGUCCGACACCAGGAGCCAGAUGAACCUGAAGAACCAGACGACAUACUUGGCUCUGUUCAACCAUGGAUAUGUGAAGACUGGAAAUGGGAGGAUUUCUGGGUGAAACCAGUUGAAUGGAAGUGGGAACGACUCAAUACAUUCAAGUACCCAGAGGCUGGGAUUUCCUACACUUACGAGGACUGGAAGAAAGGGAAAACGACUAAGCCUGUUAUCGGCAAAAGGAAAGACUGCAGUAGCUGUUUGGACGUCGACCAUGUGUACCAGUCUAUCUCGUUACAAGAUGAUUUCCGCGAGAAGGGAUUACAGGUGAUUAUUCGUGUUUCUAGCAUCGAUCUCACACCUGCGAAACCAUCAUUCGAGGGGGACAAGGAUUUUCAUGUGGAAGGUCUCCUCAACGAGCAUAUUGUCGCCGUAGCGAGAUACUACUACGAUGUUGAGAAUAUUUCCGACGCACGCAUUUCCUUCCAGCAAAAAGAUGAUCUCGAUCCAUACGAGUGCAGGGUUGGUCCGGAUGCUAUGCACAAGAUAUUUGGACUCCCACCAUUUGACAGAAAUGAAUACGGCCCAGAAAAGCUUCAGAUCCUUGGCUCGGUGGCCACACAGCAUGGUCGAUUUCUUGCCUGGUCUAACACCCUUCGUCACAAAACCAGACCAUUUACGCUGAAAGACAUGAAUCGCCCCGGUCACCAACGCUUCGUGUCUCUUUUCCUGGUAGACCCCCAUUACCGCAUUUGCUCGACCCGAAAUGUACCCGCACAGCAGCAUGAUGGGUGGCGAGAUACUGUCUACGAUGAGCUAGGAACUUCAGCCCGGCUGCCACAGGAGGUUGCAGAUGUGAUAAUGGAGCAGAUAGGAGACUGGCCUAUCAGUUUAGCCGAGGCAAAAAGAUGGAAGGAAGAGUCGGAAGAGGAGCGGUAUCCUGCCGAAGUGGAUCCCUGGGAGCAGGAACGGUACGACUUCGGAGCUCUGAUUGAGGAUAUGGAAGAAGAUAUCGUAGUUAGCCCUUCUGGAGAGCGCACACUUCAUGGUAGACCAGUAUAA